UUGAGAGAGGCAUUAGAAAGGAAAUAUGCUGUAAUUAAGCCUGUUUUCUUUCCUUAUUUUGUACUCCUACUUGUUUCUUUAGCCCUUCUUUCCCAUUCGACAGUUCCACAAAGGCUCCUCCAACCUUGCUAGAACAGCACAGCAUAGAACCCCAAAAAGAUUCUACAUAUGGAGAGAGAAAGAAAGAGGGACUUUUUAGAGAGAGAAGUCAGAUCCGUCAAUGGGGUGAUAAGAAAGGCAGAGCAGCUGGAGACGCUUCCUACAGCUGCAAAUCAAAUACCCAGUAUUGAUUUGUUCUGGUAACUUAUUGACUAAUCUGUGAACUGAAGGCAACAACUCUUUGGUAGUACGUGAUUUCUGCUUUUGGUUUUGGUUUCUGUUAGGUAAAAGGAGGGGAGCUUGAAAACUUGAUUCUGUUCAGUAAUUGGCAGUUGGGUUGUCAAAGCAUUUUUAGACAUCUGGUGGUAGUUGGGUCAGUUACUUGGGUUCUGUAUUGGUGAAUUGAGCUUUCGCGCGGUUGGUAUUCGAGGUUUACAGCAUCUGUUUGGAGUCAUGGCAUCCUUCAAACAUCCGGAAUCUAGACGCAUGUAUUCUUGGUGGUGGGAUAGCCACAUAAGCCCCAAAAAUUCGAAAUGGCUUCAGGAGAAUCUUACAGAUAUGGAUGCCAAAGUGAAAGCUAUGAUCAAACUUAUUGAAGAGGAUGCUGAUUCCUUUGCAAGGAGGGCGGAGAUGUACUACAAGAAACGUCCAGAGCUUAUGAAACUGGUUGAAGAAUUCUACAGAGCAUAUCGUGCAUUGGCUGAAAGAUACGAUAAUGCAACUGGGGUGCUUCGGCAGGCCCACAGGACUAUGGCAGAAGUGUUUCCAAAUCAAGGCCCGUUUGAUGAUUCUGAGACGGAUCCCCGUACGCCUGAUAUGCCACCCCCAAUGCAUGCAUUUUUUGAUCCUGAUGAUCUCCAUAAGGAUGCUUCAGGACUGACUCCAUCUCCUUUUCAUGCUCUAAAGAAGAACGGGGCUUUCACUGAUGAAUCCGAUUCAGUACGGAAUAGAAAGGGUUUGAAACAGUUCAAUGACAUAUUUGGGUCUGGAAGGGUGAGAAAAGGACUCAAUUUUCAUGAGGCAGAAGAAACAAUGACCCAAAAUCGAGACUUUUCUGAGUCUGUGCCGGUGGGGAAAUGUGAGAAGGAAAUUCAAGCAUUAAAGGAAACCCUUGCCAAAUUAGAAGCUGAAAAGGAUGCUGGGUUAGCUCAUUACCAACAGAGUUUGGAGAAAUUGUCUGAGCUAGAGUCCAAUAUAUCUCGUGCGCAUGAGGAUUCUAAAGCGCUUAAUGAACGAGCAAACAUAGCCGAAGGUGAAGUUCAAACAUUGAAGGAAGCUCUUGCUAAAUUAGAAGCUGAAAAAGAAGCUAGCCUCGCUCAGUACCAGCAGUGUUUAGAAAGAAUUGCCAAUCUGGAAAACAUUCUUUCUCAUGCCAAAGAAGAUGCAGGGGAGCUCAAAGAGAGGGCCCUCAAAGCUGAAAACGAAGCUCAAGCCCUAAAGCAAGACCUUGACCAACAAAAACAAUCUUUGGAGACGAUUUCGAGUUUGGAGAACAAGUUACUGCUUGCCGACGAGGAUGCUAAAAGGCUUUGUGAAAGAGCUAACAAAGCUGAAAUGGAAGUAGAAACCAUAAAGCAAGCUCUUGUGAAGUUGACUGAAGAGAAGGAAUCUGCUGCUAUUCAGUACCAGAAGUGCUUGGAGACUAUUUCAAGUCUAGAGAGUAAAAUCAUUUUCGCUCAAGAGGAGGCAAAAAGGCUUAAUGGGGAAAUAGAAAGUGGGGUUGCUAAGUUGAAGGGUGCAGAAGAACAAUGUGCUCUGUUGGAAAGAUCGAAUCAGUCUCUUCACUCCGAGUUGGAAUCUUUGGUCGUGAAAGUGAAUGGUCAAAGCGAAGAACUUAUGGAGAAGCAGAAGGAGUUAGGAAGAUUGUGGGCAUGCUUGCAAGAAGAGCGAUUGCGGUUUGUGGAGGCUGAAACUGCUUUCCAAACUUUACAGCAUUUGCACUGUCAAACUCAGGAAGACUUGAGGACUCUGGCUGCCGAGCUCCAGAAUGGGGCCCUACUCUUGAGGGAUGCUGAAACUCAUAAUUGCAGUUUGAAGGAUGAAACCAUGAAGCUUAAGGAGGAGAACAAGAGCCUCAAUGAGAUUAACUUGUCUUCAACAAUGUCGAUAAAAGAUAUGCAAAAUGAGAUAUUUGGCUUGAGGGAUACCCAAGGGAAACUCCAAGAGGAGGUUGAGCUCCGGGUGGAUCAAAGGAAUGCUCUUCAACAAGAGAUUUACUGUCUUAAGGAGGAAUUGAAGGAGCUGAACUGGAAUCACCAGGCUACGAUGGACCAGGUUAAGGCAGUAGGCUUCAGCACAGAGAAUUUUGAAUCAUCAGUUAAGGAGCUGCAGGGCGAGAAUGCGAGCCUGAAGGAAAAAUGGGAGAUAGAAAGAAGUGAGAAAGUAGCCCUUUUGGAGAAGUUGGAAGUCAUGGAACAGCUUAUUGAGAAAAAUGCCCUUUUGGAGAAGUCACUUUCAGAUGCUUGUGCUGAGUUAGAAAUGGCUAAAAGCAAGAUAAUUGCACUGGAAGAGUCCUUGCAAUCUCUUCUGGAAGAAAAAUCUAAUCUUGUUUCUGAGAAGGCAACUGUAAUGACUCAGUUACAGAUGACAACUGGGAAUUUGGGGAAACUCUCUGAUGAAAACACCUUUCUGGGGAAUUCCCUUUCGGAUGCACAAGAUGAACUUGAAGGGUUGAAGAUAAGAUCAAAAAGCGUGGAAGAUUCAUGCCAGUUGCUUGAAAAUGAGAAGUCUGGUCUUAUUCAUGAGAAGGUUACCUUAGUUUCUCAGGUGGAAAUGACUCGGCUAAGAUUAGAAGACCUUGACAAAAGAUAUAGAGAAUUAGAAGAAAAAUACUCAGCUCUGGAGGAAGAGAAAGAGUCCAAACUUCGUGAAAUAGAAGAACUACGUGUUUCCUUGGAUUUGGAAAAGCAAGAAAAUUUGAGUUUUGCCCAAAUGAGUGAGACACAGUUGGCUUUUAUGACAAACCAGAUAUGUCUCUUACAAGAAGAAGGUCACAGCAGGAGGAGAGAUUUCGAAGAAGAGCUAGAUAAAUCCAUGAAAUACCAGCUUGAGAUUUUCAUUUUGCAGAGAUGCGUACGUGAUCUGGAACAAAAGAGCCAGUCUCUGUCAAUUGAGUUUCAGAAGCUCCUGGAGGAAUCCAAAUUGUCAGAAAAGCUGAUCUCUGAAUUAGAGCGUGAGAAUCUUGAGCAACAGGUGGAAGUGAAAUCCUUGUCUGAUCAAACCAGUAGAUUUAGGAUUGGGAUGUUUGAGCUGUUGAGAGCUUUCGACAUUCAUCUAGAUCAUGGGUGUGAAGAUAAGAUUGGGAAGGACCAAACUUAUUGGAACCACAUGCUAAGCAAACUUGAAGAUACAAAGAAUGAAAAUCAACAGCUGGCGAUUGAGAUGUCGGUUCUUGUAACGGUGCUUGGGCAUCUAAAAUUGGAAGCAACAACCCUUGAAACGGAAAGAAACUGGCUUGAUAAGGAACUUGGAAUCAAGAAUGAACAGUUGUCUGCAUUGCAGUUUGAGGCAAACAAGCUUCUUGAAAUGAAUGAAGAACUUCGAUUAAGACUGAGGGAGAGGGACCAAAAAGAGGAAGUACUAACAACUGAGCUAGAGAAUCUUCAUGGGGAGUUCUCAGAUAUGCAUGGGGCUUGCCAGAAUUUACAGAAGGAGAACUUAAAUGCACUUGAAGAAAAGAGAACCUUGACAAAGGAACUCUCGAACUUGGAGGGGAAAAAUCGUACUCUUGAAGGGGAAAAUUUUUCUAUCAUUGGUGAGAUAUUGUCUCUGAGCACCCUCUCUUUGAUUUUCCAGAAUGUUAUUAAUGAGAAAUCUCUUGAACUGAAAGAGGUUGGUGAAGAUCUAGACAAACUUCAUGGUGUCAAUAGUGCCCUUGAGGCCAAUCUGAGAACAAUAGGAGGAAAAUUGGUAGAGGUGGAAAAUGAAAAUUUUCAUCUGAAGGAGCGGUUGAAGAACUCGGAGGAUGAGUUGAGAACAGUUAGAUUUGUCAGUGCUCAGUUGAAUGAUGAAAUUGCAAGUGGCAAGAAUCUGUUGAGUCAAAAGGAUGUCAAACUUUUCGAAGCAGAAUGCAAGCUUACUGCCAUGGAAAACGAGAAAUCUGAGUUGCAAAAAGUAGUGGAGGAUAUGAAAAUGGAACAUGAUGAGGUCACAAAGUGUUUUGGUGAAGUGCAGAUCUCCACUGUCUUGCUGGCUGUGUUAGAAGGAAAGGUUGUUGAGCUCACUGAAGCAUGCAAAAGCCUUGAAGAUGGAACUGCUUCCAAAGAUGCGCACAUAGAACUGCUUGAAGAAAGAAAGAGCACUUUGGAAGGUGAAAAUGGAGUGCUUAAAGCUCAGUUGGCUGCAUAUGCCCCUGCCAUCAAUUCUUUGAAGGAUUGCAUAUCUUCCCUGGAGAACCUUGUCUGUUUGCAUAGAGAGCUUCAGGAGACCAACGACGAGAAAGUUAAGGAUACUGAAUUGGCGAGCCAUCAUCAUGUUGAAUACGGUGAACAAUUGAGUGCAGAUCAAAAGAUUCCAGAUGAAUUGUCAGAGUUUCUGGGUUUGCAAAAAAGGGUCAAAGUUGUUGAGAAAGCACUGAUUGCAAUAGAAAAGCUCGUGACAAAGGAAAACAUCAGCGCUAAUACCAAGCUAGAGGCUGCAAUGAGACAGAUUGAAGAGUUAAAAUUGAAAGGUGGCUCAAACCCAGAAAAUGUCAAGCGACCACAUGAGAUCUCUGAAUCGGAGAAUGGACUUCUGACAAAGGACAUUGUACUCGAUCAGAUAUCCGAAUGUUCAUCCUAUGGGGUAAGCAAGAGAGAGAGGCUCAAUGCUGGUAGUCAGAAGCUUGGGUCAUGGGAUAAUGCUGAUAGUCAGAGGUCUGAUAGUCAGAGGUUCGAGUCAUGGGAUGCUGCUGAUGAGGAUGGAAGCAUUGAUCUUACCGUUGGGAAGGGAAAGCAAGAGAAGGGUAAAAAAGUCAAUUCAGAAAUAAUGGUUGAAAAGGAGUUGGGUGUGGACAAAUUAGAGAUUGCAAGGACGUUUUCGCAGCCCCGUCGAGAAAUUAACAAGACCAAGGUGUUGGAAAGGCUUAAUUCUGAUGUGCAGAGAUUGACAAACCUUCAAAUCACAGUACAAGAUUUGAAGAGGAAAAUGGAGAUUACUGAGAAGGGCAAAAAGGGAAAGGAGGGUAAGGAUACCGUCGAUCGUGAUACACUGAAGGAGCAGCUGGUAGAAGCUGAGGAGGCCAUAAUGAAGUUUUUCGAUCUUAAUGGGAAAUUGAUGAAGAGUGUUGAAGACGGAUUCUUUUCUGCUGCUGAUGCUAAACCUGGGAUGGACUCAGAAGAGAGUGGAAAUGCCAGGAGGAGGAGGAUUUCAGAACAAGCGCGAAGAGUGUCUGAGAAAAUUGGGCGGUUGCAGUUGGAAGUACAGAAAAUACAGUUUGUUUUGCUGAAACUUGAUGAUGAAAGCGAAAAGGAGCUCAAAGCAAAGGCUAGAAUCGCGGAAGCAAAGAGAAGGAUUCUGCUACGCGACUAUUUAUACGGUGGUGGGAGAAACAUCAACAAGAAAAAGCGAUCGGCUUUUUGUGCUUGUGUCCAGCCUUCAACGAGGGGAGACUGAGUUAUUAUAUAUAUCUUCCCGGCACAACAGUAGAGCUCUUCUUUUUUCUUUUCUUUUUUCGUGUUGUGUAUAAUGUUCCCUCUAGAGUUAUUUCAAGACUUAAUACUAUGGGUUUUUUUGGUUUGAUCGCAGGAUUUUGUCUUUCUAUAGUUCAGGGAAACUGCUGUAUAUGUCAGGCCCUAUCUAUCAUAAGAAGCUUCUCUUGAGGAGAGCUUGUUUCCUUUUGUUUUUUGUAGUUUACGAUAAUAAUUUUGAUCUUGUCUGGGAACUCUGCUUCGUCAUAAAUCAAUCCUUUUUCUGCUACAA